AUGCUGAGGGCCAGGAGCAGCAGCAACGUCGAGAUAAUCUGGCACACGCUGUGGGGCUACUUCAGCCAGAGGACCGGCCUCUUGGUCCAGUUGGAAGACUCUCACCUCUUAAGGAUCAAGUCGUUGAGCUCCGAGAGUGUCUUUUGGGAGAUGACCAUGGAGUCUCCAAUCCAGGACUACCGGACCAUUGACAGUAUAAACAUCGCUCACGCCUCGGUGUCCUUGUUUAGGUUCGGUGAGAACUCGGAGAGCCAUUCCAGGAUGCGGAUGGAAGAGGUCCGGGCCAUCGAGGAGGUGGACUUCAACAUCAAGGGGUUGUUGAUGGACUGUUUCUUGCCUCCGGCUGAUCUGAAGAAGGAGGAGGACGCGUGCAUGGUCGUGCCGAGCUAUGCCCAAGUCCCGUUCAAUGUUUGGUCGAGCUCUAUGAAGAUGAGCGCUUCGAAAGUCGUCGCUUUGGACAUAAUCGAACGAGUCAUACAAUAUCGAAGGAGAUGA